CAGCUUCCUCCAUUCCUCCGUCAUCUUCAUCCCAUUUCCACCUCCGUCUCCUCCAGUUCCAUCUCCACGACCUCGGCCUCGACAUUCGUUGCGUUUUCUGUCUUUCAACUUCCGCCUCCUCCUACGCGAAAGGAAACCGUCCACCGUCGGGCACUAAACCGUCCUUUUCGCCCGCAUGGCGUCUUGCCUCAGUACGCCAACCUGACCGCAGGGCCUUUGACACACCGAGCUGGCUUCGCAAUCUUUGCGUUUCCAAUUCGCGCGUCUUAGGGGUGAUACUCCAGCAAGUCACAGGCUGUGUGAACAAGGGGGUUUAGCGGUCUACGGUUUGGCGACUGCUGCUACGACAGAGUUAGGGCUGCUCUUUGUCAUCAACGCGAAAGCCUGGGUGGGAGGGUUUCCUUUGCCACUGCAUCUCGCCUGCUUUGUUGCAAAGGGGCAUACUGUGUAAGUAGAUCUAUCUUGUAGCAAUAACUAAUGCAUAAUGGUGAAAAAUUUUCUUCGCAAGAAAGGCGUUCCCGCCUUCGCGUAUCCUGCACGCGAUGCAUCCACGCCAUGGUUAUGCACACUAAAAAUUAUAAACUCCGAUGCGCAGUUCGCUGUAUCUCUUGAACAUUCCAUACGCGUUGAUGGCGAGCAGCAACUUAUCACUCUUCGCUAUGAAGGCGACAAUCUUAUGCCUGGCAGCAUGUCGCUCGAGGAUCGUGACAUCAAGGUUCCAGCUGAACCUUUAUUCGGGACACUACGGCAAGGGAGCCCUGAGGUUCGAAUAUUGUCGCUGACGCUCAAACAAUCGUGUUCAGUAUGGUACCCAAAAGAAUAUUCGAAGCUUGAUAUUAGCUUUCAUAGACUCCUAACGCUGGCACGAGCGACAGAAGUAUGCAUCUGUUUCGACACUCGUUGGCUAGGGGAGAACACCGCAGAGUUUCAGGAGAUUGUCCGAGGCUCUCGGGAGUUCGUUGGGGUUCCGCUUAUCCCACAAUUUACCAAUCUUUACCAAAAGGCAGACUGGCAAAUUCUCAACUUUAUCCCGGCUGCCGAGCCUAGAGCCUGUAUUCCCAGCGAAGAUCCGGUGUCUGGGACUAUACUCUCAAUUGAGGAUGUGAGAGCUGAAGCACCUCCCCUCGAAGAUGUGGUACACGAUAACCCCCCUCCGUACGCGCAUGUGCUGGGUAAACACUCGAGGCCUGAUUUUAGCCCAACGCCUGAUGCUCAGGAUUCGAAGCGCGCCCGAAAAUAUUCAUGCUCGUCUUCAGAAACAGAACACGCUACUCCUGCGCCACCGCUUCGGGCUGAGUCAACGGCUUCGUCUACUGCCACCGUUCCAGCGGACCUUUUCCAAGAAGCUGUCACUUCCGCUGUCGAGAAUAUGCUCUCACACGUGUUGAAGACGGAGCUGACACAAGUGGUCAAGCAGGAGCUCCCACGGGUGGUAGCGGAUCUUUUUCGGAAAACGCCUGCUGGCCACUCUCCCUCGCGAUGUUUGUCGCCAGCACCACCUUGCAGUCGAAUCCCAAACGCGCUCACAAACCACGAUGCGACUCCCACCCAUAAUCUUACGCUUAGCACAAUGAUCAAGAGAGCUGUUACUACAGCUGUCCACGAAGCUUUCGACGAAACUUUGCAUGAAACCCUCGAUGAAUAUUACAAUUCUGUCAGCAUUGAUUUAGAGGAGUUUAGCGGUGAUUUAAAGAGUGACUGGGAAGCUAGUAACGAGGACCAUAUAGUCCGUUGCAACGACGAACUUAACGAAAUGGAAGCAAAGUUCAAUCAGCGUCUAGUGGAAAGCCUUGACGAUUUUAAAGCUUGUGCUGAUGAGGUGGUACUUGCAACUGAGAAUCGUUUGAACAAGCUUGGCGAUACUAUAAGCAACCAAGCGUUUUGUGGACGCGGGAAUGUCCUUGUUGCGUCAAAACAAAGUCAGAGGGCGACGUCUCUGCCCGUUUCGAGGGAUGACAAAGAAAAUUACGAAGGGAGCAUGAAAUGGAGGGGCAUGAAACAGAAAGGCGCUGCACCAUUGGUAGACUAACUAUUUGCUAUUCUUAAGGUUUAGACGUACGCAGCAAUGUGUAUAGCACAUUACCCUAUGAUUAGAAUUAGAGUGAAGCAGUUGUUUUAAACACUGAUUAAUUGGUGGCUCUUGACAAGCAUGCACUGCUCCUAAAGCUUUUGUCAGUUAGUUCAGAUCCAUCAACUACUACAACACUUUGUAGCUAACGUCAGUCUCUCCGUGCCGGGACGCACGGUGUGACGGGACAUCUUUUCUUCCGGAUGCUCGGGUUGCGUGUAACGUACUUAGAAAUAGACAAACGCAAUGCGUAUCUAUC